AUUUCUCCCCCAUCUUCUACAAUUCUACAGUUAUGUGAAGAUAGGCUUCCUUCUUGCACACAGCAUUGCAAUGACACAAGUUGGAAAGUGUGACACAUGUCGAGCUCGAAAGGUCAAGUGUGACGAGAAGAAACCCAAAUGCGGCGCAUGUCGGAAGAAAGAGCGCUCAUGCACGUAUACAUACGGAAAAGCAUCAGCACUUGUGCUGGAAACUCCUACCAAGUACUCCGGACACGGUAAAGCGAAAGUUGCGCCUCGCAUAGUACCCCUCGUCGAUUCCGAAAACUCAGCAGUCUUUACUCCUCAGGCCAGCUCCAUUUCUUCGUCAGACGUGGAAGCGGACAGGAGCGAUGUCGACGCCGCCUAUCAACUUGACGGUACGUCACCGGAAACAUGGGUCCUCAGCAGGCAGGGUGGACUCCAGAGGCUUUCAAGCAGCGAAUCGUCUCGCAAUUCUACUCCUUCUUCGUCUGGCCUGUCUUUAAUUCGACCUUCAUCACCCGAGAUGUCUCUUGCAACGCGGUUUAUCAAGAUGAUAGGGCCGGAAUCGCAAGGCAACCCCUUCCUGAUCCACGGAACAUGGGUGAACUCAAUCCCAACAAGGAUUGGAUGCAGUCCAGCGUUCGAUACUGCUGUCAAGUAUGCCAUUGAUAGCUUCGCAUUCUUCUCAGAUCCAUCUUUUUCGAAACAGCGCAUUGCACGGCAGUCUAAAGGAGUUGCAUUAAAGGCGCUAAGGGACGGUCUAGCUCAGGUCAAGGGCAAUGUUCCGUUCGACAUACUCCUUGCGAUCAAGAUGCACUUCAAUGGUGAAAUUCUCAUGGGGGUCGAGAAUUGGGUCAACUAUACUACUCAUUCAAUGGCACUGUCUGAGAUAUUGAAAUCGAGGUCAACGCCGGAGAUCGCCGACGAAGACUACUGGAGCUUCAUCGACAACACAUACAUGGACGAGAUUGCCGAGGCUGCCUUUUCGGGACGGCAGUCAAAAUUUGAGAAUGAUUUCUACCUCAACGUCACCCGUUCUCCGCCAACUGGCUCUAGUCAUACACAGUCAUUGCGAUAUCGAGUUGCAAUGACUCUCAUGCAUUCCUUGAUUCAAGUUCCUCGUAUGAUCAAGCUUGUCCGGGAUGCCAAACGGGAUCCGGACGAUGUUGAGGCUCUUGCAAAAGCAGUUUCCUCUAUAGAAUCGCUUUGGCAGAUUAUGCCUACGACUCUCUUGGAAGAAUACUACCAGGCUGUCACUUCCAAGCUACCCAUUUCCCCCGGACCGGAGCUCCAAGGGUUCAUUGACGAUACCCUAUACUUCGAGUCUGUUGAAAGCGUCAUUCUGCUGAACAGAUUCUGGACUCUUCAAAACUAUCUCUGCGGCGUUACUUACACCCUCUACGAUUCAUUUCCCUUGCAAUCAGCUGCGAGCGCUUUACCUAGCAUGGAGACUGUAGAACGCGUAGACAUAGCUGCCGCAUCCAACGUGCUUCGAUCUGUACCAUAUGCCCUAUCAAUAUCUUCGACACUUCACCUAGUCCCGCUUCGCAUCCUUACUCCAAUGCAAACCUCUAUCGGAGCGUGGUACCGAAAACUUCGGCGAUUGAGAAUCCUACAGCUUUUCCACGAGCAAGGCUCACCCGAGCAUGACCAAAUCCAAGCAGACAUCAAGCUUUAUGAAACGGCGCAGGACCACAUCGUCCGUGAAAGUAACAAGAUCCAUCUACUGUGGCGUGCCGAUAUAGUAACAAUGCCUUUGUUCGCGUUCGCUUGCGAGAUUCUCGAAGGCGGGCAUAUCCCAGAGGACCUACUCCAAUGGAUGCAGGAGCUUCAUGCCGGCAAGGACGUCCCGAGACUCGUAGUCAAGAUCAAUAAGCAAAUGGUAGAGAUCGCUAUGAGUCGCGAUCCCAUCACCGGAGCCAGUAUGCCGAUGAAGGUUGUCACUGACGAAGAAUGGGAUGAGCAGAGACAGCCCAAGAUGCAUGAAAAUCUCAAAAUUCUGCAGGUUCAAAAUGUCUGAAAUAGAGGUUCCUCUCCAGACCUACACUUUCCUCUUCAUCACAUCAUUGUAAAUGCACGAGACUAUUCCUCUCCAUCAGGCAUACACCAACAAAAGCGCGCAACUUCAGGAGGUGGAGACCUCAAUGUCAUUUCAUUUAGAUAUGAACAAUCAUAGUUUAAUAUAGCGUUAAUAGCUAAAGUCGCAAUGUUACAUUUUAAAC